AUGGUCCUAGUCGAAUGCCAAGAAUGUGGCACGACGUGGCCACAGGAGGAGGGCAAAAACUGCCCGACAUGUGGCACGCUUUCCACGCAGAUCCGAGACGAGGCAUCGGAUGAGGAGGACUACGCGGGCAAGACAGAAGGUGCCAUGAAGUUCGAGAGGCGAUUCACCGAAGGCAACAUGCGAAAGAAGGCGGAGGACCAGGAGAAGAUCGACAGGCAGCGAGCAGCUGUGGCACAGGCAGACGAGGACCCGAAGCUGCGGCUUCGUCGCCUCCGGGAGUUCACGUCCUCCGAGCUCCCCCUGACGCGAGGUGCCAAGAUGCAGUUCAUCUUCCUUCAGAUGCUGCAACUAUCAGGGCCCAUCCUGGGCAUCUCCACUGAUACCCUGCUGCACGCUGGCAAGAUCCUGUGGUUCCAAUACCUGGACCUGCUGUGCCAGUAUGAGGCAAGCAUUCCCGCAGGGCAGAAGCGGCAGCUGCUGCCUGCAAAGCCAGGACCCUGGCGGCGCACAGCAGUGCCUCAGAUGGAUGCCGCGACUCUCCUGGCUCUGCUAUGGAUGGCCCUAAGCAACUGCUUGUACCCCAUCCUUUUCUCCGACUUGACGUAUUUUAUACGGUACGGCUUCUUGCGCAAACUUGGCAAGCACGUCGAAGAGACGCUGAAUCCGACUCAGCGGUGCAGCUCCUGGUAUCGCACGCUGCCAUCCUUCCCACCAUGGCCUCCGGAAAUAGCGGAAGCCGCCGAGCAGCUCACCAGCCUCGGUCUGCGCUGCACGUGGCCCACGGUAAACCAGCUGCUCCCACGCUGCAGCGAGAAGGUGCUGGCCUCCACCAGCUGGCAGGGCCAUCAGGGCCUCAGGCGGGACUUGCUUUCCACUGCAUCAAAGAUGACCUCGGAUCUGCCGCACGGAGCACCAGUGAUCGCCGAAGUCGCGCUCUGCGUUGCAGAGAAUUUGCACCGGAAGCCUUCGCCCCUGCGGCUCGCUGACUCGCGGGGCUCCCGGCCCGAGGUAGCCGCCUUUCUCUUCUCCCUCGGAGCCCUCGUGAAGAUGACGCGCCGAGUGAGCCGCAACGAGCGAGUGCCUCUGCCCGAGACGCGCAGGUGCAGGAAGCGGCGACCAAAGACCGAUGCCGGUGCAGGCAGAGAGGGGCAGACAGACACUGCAAAGACCGACAUCACCGAAUCUUCGCAGAGAGGUGGGGCGGCGUUGGCAGAGAACGCCAGGGAAGCGGAGCCAGUCAUUGAAUUUGAGCUCUCCACAGAAUGGCGGGAUGUGCAGAAUCGCAACAUCCAGCAACAGCUGCGAAAACUGGGCCGCUACAGAGAACACGCUGCGGCGGCACGGAGAGACAAGGAGGACCAUGCGCUGCCGGGUGUCCGGCGCUUGCGGCGGCCAAGGGUAGUAGAUGAGAACGACAGCAUCUCCAGCGACACUGACACAGACCUGCAGCAGCCUCUGGUUGUCAAGGAGGAAGCGAAAGAAGAGCCCGCAGAGGAAGAGGUGCGCCCAAAGCCCGGCGCACGGGCUCGUGGCACGCGGCGAUCACAAGCGGAGGCUGCCAGGGCACGCAGGCGCCGACUGUGGCGGGUGGGGCGUGUCCUCUCCCACCGUCGCCCCAUGCCGAUUGGCCGAAAAUGCACGCCGAUCGGCACGGCGUUUCGGAGGCGGCGCCGCAAGGAGAAACGCAAUAUCUCCACCCGUCGCGAGAUCCUCGCAAGAUUCCUCGCCGCGAAGAAGUCGCAGAUAAAGGUGCCACAGGAACCGAGGUCGCAUGAGGACUGGGAAGAAGAUCGACUCAUGCGCGAGAAGCUGCAGCGCACGCCCUUGGUUUUAUGCUGCCGCCACGUUGCACACUGCCUGGCUGGAGAGCCAAGCCCAGAGUCGGGCGCCAGUGGCGCGCCGCCGCUGAAACGCCAACGGGACGCCUUUGAAAGCCUCGUCCGGCUGUUGGUGCGGACAGCCAGGGCCCUCGCGGAUGCCGUGGAGAAGGUGGAGCAAUGCCACCAUAGGCGCCAGAACAGCAUGGUACAUCUGUCGGCUGCGCCUGGUCAGCCUCUUCCUUGCAGCGACGAUGAUGACGAUGCGCCACGCAUUCGAGUCGUCCACCAUUUCACGCGGCUGAACGGGCACAUUGACACGUCCGGGCUUUAG